AUGUUCCGCAAGCAUAUGCAACUUGCCCUUCUGCUGCUGGGCUGUUUCCUUGUGCCAGCAGCCCUCGCCUGGGAGCAAGCCGAUUAUGAGAUCUUCGACUUGAGCGACGCUUUGAAGAAGAGCGCAGAGGCCGAUGUGGAUUUCUAUUCUGUGUUCAACCUCACUCGCACUGCCACCGUUAGUGAGAUAACCAAAGCCUACCGUCAGCUCUCCAAGACGAUCCACCCUGACAAGAACCCAGAUCCAAAAGCCGGAGAGCUGUACACGGUCCUCACAUCAGUGACUACCCUUUUGAAGGAUGAGAAGUCCCGUGAACGCUACGACAACCACCUCCGGAACGGCAUCCCCAAAUGGCGUGGAACUGGUUACUAUUACAACCACUACAAGCCCGGAUUCUUUGGGAUCUUCGUCAUCAUUCUGGUCGCAUCCAGUUUCGUGCAAUACGUGUCGGCAUGGAUUCAAUACCAGCAGAGGAAGGGUCAGGUCGCGGAGGCACAGGCUUCCGUGAACAACCUCACUUACCAGCAAGUGAAGAAGCAGUUGAAGAAGCGAGGCGCUUCUGAUUCCCCCAACCUUUCGCGUAAGGCAUUCAAGAACACCUCCGCCAUCGAACUUCUGGCGUCCACCGGUGAACUGCCGCCUCAAUUGGUGGCCAUUCCGCCAUCGGUGAAGGAUACGGCCUUGGUUAGGUUGCCUUUGUGGGUGUUCUCCUUGCUGGUGAGCAUUCCGUCUAGGCUCUCUGGUCGGGAACCAGUGCAAGUUGCUGGCGAGCAACAAGCAGCGGACUCCCCGUUCACAUCGGACUCGGAAGGAUCGGGACGGGAUGACUCUGGCUCGGAGGGAACGAAGAACCGCCGCAGGCGGAAGGUCGGAUCGUCUUCAAACUUGGCGGAGUAG